ACACACACACACACACACACACAGAGCUGUGCGUUGUUGUGCACUCGGGUUAUUACUUAACAUGGGGAUAAUAAAAGAUGUUUGCUUUCACUGUUGUGGUUAUGAACACAUGCAAACAGCCUACAGUGAUAACGACAGAGUGAACGAGCAGAAGACUGUGUCACUGUGCGGCCUGAUCCUUGAUUGUGUUCACGCUCUGACUAAGUCAUCGAUCCUCAGUCUUUACCCCGGUUUACCCCGGUCGUGCCAUAGACGAUGGUAUUUCCAGCACUUUGACUACAGAUGUAGUUCAUGUAUCGCUCAGAUGCCUCACUGACAUAUGACGCCAGUAAUAGGGUUUGUCACAUUUAAACCUAGAUGAAUGCUUCAAUUACCCUCUGCCUUUAUAUAUGUAUAUUGUGUAAAUGAUAGGUACACAGUAUAAUAAUAAUAAUACAGAUAAAACACAGCAAAACAGAGAAUGUAAAUAAUCCUCUAGACUGUAGACCCUGAGAAACAGGUCUGAGCCCCACAGGAAGACUGAGGUUCUGAAAGUGAAGCUGGUUCCUGAUGGACUGUGGUCUGACUCUGUGAACCAGGACUGGCUCAGCCAUGUGUGAGAGGAUCAGGCUGUUCACAGAUGUACAGGAUUCAGAGGGGAUUGAAGCCAUGUCUUCACUGAGGGUGAGCGUCCAUGCCUCAGACUGGUUCCUGACAACGCUGCCUAAAUGUUCCACUGUGUGACUCUACCAUGGAACACAUAGUAUACUGCCUGCUGGUCCUAGGAGCCACAAUAAUGAUCACCCACGCCUGCCCCAAGUACUGUGUUUGCCAGAAUCUGUCCGAGUCCUUGGGGACACUGUGUCCCUCCAAAGGCCUCCUUUUUGUGCCUCCAGAUAUUGACCGCAGCACGGUGGAGCUCCGGCUCGGAGGCAACUACAUCUUCCGCAUUACACAGCAGGACUUUGCCAAUAUGACUGACCUGGUGGACCUGACGCUCUCCAGGAAUACUAUUAGCUACAUUCAGCCAUUCUCGUUUGGUGACCUGGAAACUCUGCGUUCACUUCAUUUGGACAAUAACCGCUUAAUAGAACUGGGCCCCGAUGAUUUGCGAGGCUUGGUCAACUUACAGCACCUCAUCAUGAACAACAACCAGUUGGUUCGCAUCCGUGACAAAGCCUUUGAGGACCUAGCCCCUGUUGUGGAGGAUCUCGAUCUCUCCUACAAUAACCUCAUGUCGCUGCCGUGGGACUCAGUUAAUCAGAUGAUUAAUCUGCACCAGCUCAGUCUAGACCAUAACCUGUUGGACUUUAUUCCAGAGGGCACAUUCACGCACUUGGAAAGGCUGGUGAGACUUGACUUGACGUCAAACUGCUUACAGAAGAUACCCCCAGACCCCAUCUUCAUCCGCGCCCAAGAAUCCAUGCUAACGGUUGAACCCUAUGAUCCUGAACUCUCCUUAAAUCUGGGCGGGAAUCCUCUUCACUGCAACUGUGAGAUGCUGUGGUUGCGGAGGCUUGAGCGAGACGAUGACCUGGAGACCUGUGCCUCCCCUCCUUCCCUAAAGGGUCGUUAUUUUUGGAAUGUGAAGGAGGAGGAGUUUGUUUGUCAGCCACCUCUCAUUACCAAGCACACCCACAGGAUGUUGGUACUGGAGGGCCAGGCAGUCAGCCUAGAGUGUGAGGCUGCUGGAGACCCUUCUCCUACCAUCCACUGGAUCUCUCCUGAUGAUCUGCUACUUGGCAACUCGUCCCGAACUGUAGUGUACAGCAACGGAACUCUGAAGAUCACCAUCACCACCUCGAAGGAUUAUGGCACCUUCACCUGUGUUGCUGCCAAUGUAGCAGGGGAGUCCACUGCAUCUGUCGAGGUGUCCAUCGUCCAGCUUCCCCACCAUAACAAUGGAACUGAGCACCCAGCACUACCCAAGUCACGGCUCUCUGACUACACAGGAACCAGCAGGAUCAGCCAGGGGGCCCCUGAGAGCCCAGCAGAGAGCGCCGUGUUAGUCUCAGAGGUGACUUCUGUUUCAGUACUGGUCAAGUGGAUGGUGAGCCAAUCAGCUCCUAAGGUUAAGAUGUACCAGCUCCAGUACAACUGCUCUGAUGAUGAAGUUCUCUUUUACAGGAUGAUCCCGGCCUCCAGUCAGGCUUUUGUGGUGACUAAUCUGGUGUCCAGGACUCGCUAUGAUGUGUGUGUGCUUGCUGCCUGGGACGACACGGCCACCACGCUCACAGCCACCAGUGUUGUUGGCUGCACACACUUCUUCACGCAGGACGACUACGCUCAGUGUCAGUCUCUGCCCAGGUCGCUGCUCGGAGGCACCAUGAUCCUGGUGGUCGGUGGCAUCCUCGUGACCACCUUGCUUGUGUUCAUUAUCAUUCUUAUGGUGCACUACAGAGCUGCAGAUACUGCACUCCCCAAAAUGCGGCUGACCAGUGUCACUGAGCCAUAUUCUCAGACCAAUGGGGGUGGACUUGGGCAAAAUGGACUCCUCAUGUCUCAGUCUGAGCCAACAGUCAAGCCCAAAGUGACUCUGCAAGAGAAGGUGGUGGAGUUCAAGUGUGGUUCCCUCCAGAGCAGCCUUACCUCAUCAUCCUCUUCCUCCUCAUCAUACAGCCCCAAACACACACUGACCAAUGUCUGGAGGUCAGCUCCCUCUAAGCAGCAGCCCAGCCUGGACAACCCUCUCAGGGCCUUCACUUCCCUGGAGCUGCAGGUAGCACAGGAACAUAAGCCAGAAUCCUCCAGUAGCACAUCAAUGAUAACAGACAAAGAGCCUCUGCUGGGCUGGAAACUCGACUCAAGCCUCAGUCAACUACUGCUGCUCCCUCUGGACUCACAGUUUAAAAGGAGCCAGUCCUUUGACAGUGGAGAUGUGUCAGGUAGCAGCACGACUCAGUUAUACAGCGUCAGCAGUGUCUGGACUCGGCGGAGUCUCUCUGUGAACGGUACGCCGCUGCAGAGUGAGGACGACACACAAGGAAGCAAGGAGACGACAGACAGUGCUGUGAUGGAAAGUACUGUGUAGUCAGACUGUCAGCCAACAGCCAUGAGACACUAAAGUUAGACACUAAAGUUAGCCACUACCUCUGGAUUGAUCUGCUUCACUCUUUGUACAGAGGCGGAUUUAAGGCUGAUCACACAUGACAGAGCAACACUGUCACACUGUGGAUAUAUUCUAUGUUUCCUUUUUUGUACAUGAGC